AUGCCUGGAUUCCAGGUGUUCACUCCGUCGAGUACUCGGGGAAUCCAGAGGAUGGAAAAAAAUGUUCACCUUAACUAUGACCUCUGGUGUGGAGAGGAGCUUCCCUUCUUGCACGAUAUGGUCUUCAAACAAGGACAAGCUGCAUAUGUUGCGCUCCAUGGAGACUUCAAUGCAACUGGGGUUGCAUCCCUCCUUAUGUAUGGUGAUUCGUUUGCUGCGAUUUCAACGUCUGAAGGAGGAGCACAGAAUUGUACCAUCUUUGGAAGCACAGAAUACGACUGUUCCGUUGGUAUUGAAGGACUUCUUCCCCCAAUUUCUGCCCAUCCAUCAUCGUCCAUACCAUCGAACAAAAGAAUCGAUCCAUCAAACACUGCAAAUCAAACCGAUGGAAGUGAUGCCGCUGGAUUUGCUGUUGGUCUUCUUUCACCCGCCUUCAUGUCCGUCCUCAUCGGGUUUCUGUCUUUUUCCUAA